CUACGCUCAUGGUUGUGACUGCAGCCGUUCGAUUCACUUCACCUACAGGAGUGGGCGUUUCUCCUGUAAGGCAAAGAUCCGGGCACCGAAAACGCGGGAGAUUUCACGCGUGACGUGGUGUGACGUAGUUUUCUGCCCGGCUGGCUGUGACGCUCAACGUGGAUAAACCCGCAAAUAACUGCAGAGAAAAGCACAGCCGCCUCACUAAGACUAGACCAGUAUUCAGAAGACUAUGGAAGACGUUCAGCAGCCCAAGCCAGCAAGCAGCACCUCUAGGAGGAGGCAGGACUACCUAGAAUGGCCUGAAUACUUUAUGGCUGUAGCCUUUCUAUCGGCCCAAAGGAGCAAAGACCCGAGCUCACAGGUGGGCGCGUGUAUAGUAAACCAGGAGAAUAAGAUAGUGGGCAUAGGUUACAACGGUAUGCCCAAUGGCUGUGAUGAUGACGAGCUACCCUGGUCCCGUUGUGAUGACAACUGGCUUGACACAAAAUACCCCUAUGUGUGCCACGCAGAGCUGAAUGCCAUCAUGAACAAGAACAGCGCUGAUGUGAAAGGAUGCACCAUGUACGUGGCUUUGUUCCCCUGCAACGAGUGUGCCAAGCUCAUCAUCCAGGCCGGUAUCAAGGAAGUCGUCUUUCUGUCUGAUAAGUACCAUGACACACCAGGGAUGGCCGCGUCCAGAAGGCUGCUCACGAUGGCGGGCAUAGAAUACAGGCAGUUCAAGCCCAAAAGGAGCAAGAUUGUCAUUGAUUUUAAUUCCAUUAACCACCCUGGAAUGCUGAACAGCACGACCGAGUGAAGAAAGCUGGCGGCUCACCUUGGGGAGCUGAAUGAGGCAGGAAGGCAGAGCCAGACUGACAGGAAUGAAAGGGACUUUGAUGACUUCUUCUGUAUGUCUCCUUGCCCCCCUGCUUUGUCCAAAGGAAAACUGAAGGACACCUUAACUUUGGCGCCUUUUCAUAUUCUGAUUAACUGGAUAUUAAAGAUGGUUUAUUUUGUCGCUCGGCCCUUUGUGGAUGGCUGUGGCAGAAGGUCUUGCUGCAUUUUUUCUUUUCUUUUUUGGACUCCCUGUGGGCUCAGGCUCACAGAGACCUCCAUCAUACUGUCUCCAGUGUUAAUAUGGAAAAUAUUUAGCUGUGAGUCUGAUCUUCUCUCGUCUGUCUGCUUAUUUUUCCCCCUCCUUCAAAAAAGUUUCUAGUAGAGCGUAGAGGCAGGCACCUUGACCAUUAGGUCAUUUGACCUUUUACCUUCUGAGUGGAAGCUGCAUUCAGUCGUUUUAAAAUCUGGUUCAUCCAACCUGUCUAACCAGGAACCUUUUUAGAAUUUAGUCUGUUCAACCUCUUGGUUGAGUUUUUUUUUUUUUUUUCUGAGGGGCAUUGAAUACUUUACUGCAGCACCCAUGGCAGCAAGCCUCAGAGACCCAUGGGAAGUAUUUCCUCAAGGUGAAUGCCUUUGUGUCUAUUCAAUGAUAACAUAACAGUUGGUCAGAUCGGAAGGAUUAAUGGAGCUGCUUUGUACGUUAGGAGUGUCCUCUUACACACUGAGCAUGUUUUAUUACUGUUUUUUAAUAAAUUGCCUGUUGGGGAUAGGGAUCUUAGUUUUAAUGACCAUUUACAAUUGUUACCUGAAAAAUGUUGCUGUCUUCAGUUGGUGGGAUAGUGUUUGUAAUGUAUUUUGUAUUGACUUUCUUUCAACUGUAGUAAAAUUUUGCCCCAGAUUCUGUUUAACAAUUUGUUGUUUUAGACUAUUUUGUAGUUGGCAAAAUGCUUUUUUGCAACACGACUUUGUGGAUUGUCGUACCUGAUCAUUGCACUUGCCAUUAGGAUGGAAGCUGUCUGUCCGUUUCCUGUUCUUCUGUCCAUUGUUACACGUGUAUGUAGGUUCUCUGAUCCAUCCAACCAUGUCAUCGGUCGUUGCGGUUGAAGUCAAUAAACUGCUGGACCUGAUGA